AUGGACUUCGCUUUGAGGUGCAAUUCUCUGAAAUGCAGGGCAGAGUUGAAGGAGAAAGCGGUGGUGACGACUUGCUCGCAUGUCUUCUGCCAUGGCUGCGCAGAAGCCCUUGGCCUGUCCCGUCCAACCACGAGUAACCGCCGCUGUCCUGCUUGUCAAAGUGUGCUUUUGAAUCCAGACGACGCCGUAUCGACUGUCUUGAAUCCUACCGAAGACUACAAAACAAGUGUACUGAGCGGACUGGACCCCAACACAAUUAUGGAAUGCGCUGGCCGUGCACUUGGGUUUUGGGCAUAUCAGAGCACACAGGAAAUAUUCUACCAAGAAUACCGAGCCAAGUCGCUCACGGAGAAGUACACCAACCUGAACACCCAGAUGGACAAGGUCAUCCACAAUGCGAACACUGAAAUUGUGGCCAUGCAAAACAAGAUAUCUGAUAUGCAAUCAGCCCAAGAUGACCUUCAAAAAAAGAACCAGGAGCUGAAUGACCUGUGUCGUGAAAAGACCACCAAGCUGUCACAAAUGACCAACCUCUACAAUCUUCUGAAAUCACGAGCUAUGCGCUCCCGGAUGCAGACCGCGGCGUCGGACACCGUCUCUCAGACUCUGACCUCGUUAAACGCACCCCCUACUUCGAUCCCAUUGGCCACACGCUCACCACGAGGCCAGAUGUCAAGCUCCAAAUUUCCGCGCACUCCACCUUUCCCUGUUAAUAAAGAUGGAGUCGAACAACUCCACCGACAUCAACGAUGUGGCACUGGUAGCUCCAAGGGAGCAAGGUCGAGGACUUCUGGUGAGCACCCAAUGGCACCACCCUCUACCCGUCCCAGUUGGGACGGUCGAAACGGUACAGCCAAAGUGCCCAACCCACCUCCACAACAUCGCACUCGUCUUCUCCAUGUCUCCCAAGCCCCAACGGUCACAUCCGAGUUUCCACCCGGAGAUGCCCUUAUGGAGCGAUUUGGGAAUUGA